ACAGCUCAGCUUGCUUGCACCAUUUUGCACGUACUCCGCUCGCGAAUUUUCAUUCUUGUCCUCCCUCCAUCCUUCAACCAUGGCGUCAUUGGCCCAGCGCGUCUUCUGCGUCGCCGUUACUUGCCUACUUGUCACGCAAAUGGUGUCUGCUGAAUGUGCCGUCGGCUCCGGAAAAUACGGCGCUGACUGCCUCGCUUGUCCCGUCUGUGCCAACUCCGGGACGUGUUUUGACGGGCCGGACGGCAACGGCACAUGCGCGUGCCCGCCUACCACAACCGGCGCUCUGUGCGAAACCUGCGCGCCCAGAUACAACCCCAACACCAAUUGCACUACAGAAUGUGCGGCCGGGUCCGGAUUAUACGGCACAGAGUGCCGCGCUUGUCCAGUGUGUGCCAACUUCGGGAAGUGUAACGACGGGGCGGACGGCAACGGCACAUGCGCGUGCCCGCCUACCACAUCUGGCACUCUCUGCGAGAACUGCAUGCCCAACUACGACCCCAACACCAAGUGCACUUCAGUGCUGGACGCGUGUGCCAAGCCGACGAGCGACACCACAGCGGAGGACAGUGCGUUUGCCAAGUACUGCCAGCUCAAGGCGCACGGCGAGUGCAUCACGGAUUUCAACAUCGUGCCCACUCAGUCCAAGUGUGGCUGCGCCCCUGGCUUUGAACUCGACGUGGAAACCGAUGAGUGCGAUGAUGUGGACGAGUGCACGGAGAAGCCAUCUCCCUGCGUGGACGUGCUUUUCUCCACCUGCACCAACCUGGUUGGCACCUACAACUGCACGUGCAAGAAGGGCUACGUGGCGACCACGGUUGACCCGCAGUUCAUUGUGAGCACCUGUGUGAAGCCCGCGCCCCCGGCCAAGGCUGCAAGUAGCUCUGCCCACAUGCAGAACCAGGGCCAUGGGUUCAAUUGGAUCGGGUGAUGAUGUCAUGGGCGAAAAUGGGAAUGCGAGGCGUUGAUGUCCUCUGAGGAAGCAGGGUUCAUAUAUGGAGUUAGCUAGGUGUGGUGUUUUGCAUUAUGUAUAGCCAGGCGUGUCGAGUCGAGCCUUGUUGGUGUUGCUUGUUCAUAGCAGGCUAAAUAUGUAGAUGGGUGAGAUAAAGCAGAUGUAAUGGUUUGUAAGUUGAGUGCAAAAGGGUUGGGGGGAAUUUAGUCCUUC